AUGCAGAGAAGGACACAGAAGCUCGGUGCCCAGCUGCCUCCCUGCGUUCCAGCCGGCGGCUCUCAGCGACAUCUCUUCAUGAAGGCCUCCACCUACCUGGCCAAGAUCGCUGUGGUCCUCCAAGAAGCUCCGGACAAGACGCUCACUUUCAAUCAGUUGAUAAACCGACUGACACCAUUAAUCUGCCAAGACCGCAAAUCUGUUAUGAACAACGUCUCAGUUUCGUUAUCAAUCAACAGAUGUUUUGUCAAGAUUCCAGUGGUUGAUAGUUACCUGGACUGCAGGAGAAAGAGAAUCAACUGGAAACUGGACCUCAGUCAGAUAACAGAGAAGAUGGUGCGUCGUCACUUCAGAGGCAUCCUGCAGCUCUUCCCAGAGUUGGAGUCCAAAGUGGGAACGAACAACAGGAGCAGACCAGAGCCCCGCUCGGCCCCCCACGCUCCUGGACCUGCAGCCUCCAGAGACGUUCAGAUCAGAUGCGAGGUGAAGUUCAGCAGUCCCUUCUCCAUCGAAUCCCUCCUGAAGAGAGACAGUCCCUCCGCUCGGGCCUCCCGAGCUUCUCCACCAACAGACAGCCUUGAUGGGAGAAGUAAGAGCUCCCGAUGGGGCUCUGAGGAGCGUCUCCUCCUCACAGCCUCAGCUGGGAGUUCCUCCAUCUGGUCACUGCACCACGGACCCUCUGCUGACGGAGCUGCUCAGCCUAUUAGCAGGAUGAAGGUGUGCUCUCAGCCCUCCUUGCUUGUCUUGCUUGUCACCCCACCAAGCCAUCACAUCACUUACUCUCGACCCACGUUUACCCAUGAUGCUCUCUGA